AUGCCUGCUAAGAAGCGAUGUCAAGCCGGGGUCGGCACUGAUUCUCGGUGCAGUUCUGCAGCCCUUCGCAUUGUUGGCGAAUGUCCCCAGUGCAGCUCUCAUUUCUGCGGCACGCAUCGUCUACCGGAGCAACAUAACUGCAGCAAUUUGGAGAACUGCAGGCAGCAAGCCUUCGAACGCAAUAAGAACAAGCUAGAGAGCGAGCGAACUGUAGCGUCCAAGAUGGCUACUGCGUAG